CGGAGGUUUAAACCCUUACUGCAAGACCAACUCUUCCGUUUUCUAGGGUUUUGGUGGUGAUAAGGAAAGAUGUUGAAAAGAAACGUCAGGUUGAGAAGAGAGUAUCUAUACAGGAAAAGCUUGGAGGGCAAAGAGCGUUUGCUAUACGAGAAAAAGCGCAAAAUUCGCGAAGCCUUAGAAGAGGGAAAGCCAAUUCCUACUGAGCUCAGGAACGAAGAGGCGGCUCUACGCCAAGAAAUUGACCUCGAAGAUGAACACACUGCUGUCCCCCAUUCAACCAUUGAUGAUGAAUAUGCAAAUGCUGCCGAUAGAGACCCUAAGAUUUUGCUUACAACGUCACGCAAUCCUAGUGCUCCCCUUACACAGUUUGUGAAGGAAUUGAAGUUUGUAUUUCCAAAUGCCCAACGAAUGAAUCGUGGUGGUCAGGUUAUUUCGGAAAUAAUUGAAACCUGUCGGGCACAUGAUUUUACAGAUGUUAUUCUAGUUCAUGAACAUCGCGGCAUACCAGAUGGUAUAAUCAUAAGCCAUUUACCUUUUGGUCCCACUGCAUACUUUGGAUUGCUCAAUGUGGUCACAAGACAUGAUAUCAAGGAUAAAAAAGCCAUUGGAACGAUGCCUGAGGCUUACCCACAUUUGAUUCUUGACAACUUCUCUACUAAGCUUGGGCAAAGGACCGCCAAUAUUUUGAAGUAUCUUUUCCCAGUUCCAAAGCCAGACACAAAGCGGAUUAUCACUUUUGCAAAUCAGUCUGAUUAUAUUUCAUUCAGGCAUCAUGUCUAUGAGAAACGUGGUGGCCCCAAAUCAAUUGAACUGAAGGAGAUUGGUCCUCGCUUUGAAUUGCGUCUUUACCAGAUCAAACUAGGGACUAUGGAUCAAGAUGAAGCUCAGACUGAAUGGGUUAUCAGGCCUUAUAUGAACACGGCAAAAAAACGUAAGUUCCUGGGAGAAUGAUGGAGCAAGAAUGUGCUUUGUGCUUUCCUUUAGUUUGUACUAAAGGGAUCUUGGAUUACUUUGUAGUAUAAUCUUUAGAGCACAUCCAUUGUACCAUCUAAAAAUCAAUCACAGAAUGUGUACAACGGGCAAAUUUUGAUAGCCAAUAGUCUGAUAAUCCACUCCCAAUCUGGGAAAGGGUGGAUUCGUAUUACACCUAUCAGUUUCAUA